UUGUAUGUACAGCUAUUGAUAAGUUAUUGAUAUGGAAUCCAAAAUUUUUUAUUUAAAUAAAAUUCCUGGAUUUGCUGGACGAUGCAAUGAUAUUUUGUACUCAUCUCCAUUGAGAGUAACAGCGGUGCAUCGUCUUAUUGUAUUUUUUGGCGGGGAUGUACAAGAUUUGAAAUCAUGUAUGGAGAAACAUAAUGACAGUAAACGAUAUCUCAUGUGGAGUUUGGAAAAUACAUUAUCUAUUUUAUCUAAACGGUUUCCUCAAAGUCAUAUAAUGAUUGUUCGACCAUCAAGGAUGGAGAUUAAGAGUUACGCAGUAUUCAGUUGCUAUGACAACUUUGUACCAGGAGAUGAAUAUGGGGUGCCAUCGUUUAAACCAAAUAACAAUGCGUUGCUGCAUUUAAGUAAACUGCUUCGCUCUGUUUUGACUCAAGUUUCUCAGCAGGAUAUACUUGGAGUAAACUUAACGUUAAUGGCAUUCAGUAAAGGAUGUGUUGUAUUAAAUCAAUUUCUGCAUGAAUUUCAUCAUAUACAAAAUCAAGAAAACUUGGAUGAAAAUUUAAAGGAUCUAACAAAACGCAUUAAAGAUAUUUGGUGGUUGGAUGGUGGUCAUGCAGGUACCAAAGACACAUGGAUAAAUGACAAAAGAAUUUUAGAAUCUUUUGCCAAAUUAGGUACGUUAGUAUUGGAUAUGAGCUGUGGGAACGUUAAACAUUGGAUACUUAAAAACUUUUAUGUUGUAGGAAUUAAAGUUUAUGUAUACGUGACACCAUAUCAAGUUAAUGACAAGCGUCGUCCCUGGAUUAAAAAUCAGGAAAACUUAUUUUGUAAAACUUUACAAGAAUUACAUGUACCUGUUCAACGCACUUUACAUUUUAAAGAGGAGAAGCCUAGUCUUACGACUCACUUUAAUGUGCUUACUGUAAUUAAGGAUAUUUCUACGUAAUAAACAACAUACUUAAUUAGAUA